AUUCCCAACUCUAUAUCACGCUUUGUACGUGAUUUUUGUCCGAUCGUCGCUCGUCGCUUCAACUACUCGACUAAUAAAAUCCGUAAUAUAAUGAUAAGUUCGACACUCAUUUUGUUGCUCAAAUUCUUGUAUGAUCGAGUCGAGUUUGUCAUUCCAAUUGCAAUUGAUUCUGAUAAUGCGAGUUUUCAAGUUUAUUAGAUCUGUUGGUAUGACCACGCUGAUUUUGUUUUUACUGGCUCCGUUUCUCAUCACCCUCUGCGCCUCAAAAGCAUCGUCUAGUCCGUCAUCGUCGUCCAAUUCAUCUUCGUAUUCUAAUUCUUCUUUAUCGGAUUCCAUAGAAGUUAGGAACACUAUGGCUGAUAAACGUGGAUUUCUGGAUAUUUCCCCGAAGGUCAUACGAAUUAGCUACCAAACCCCGGGAACUGUGACAAUCACAAAUACAUCGGAAAAUAUGGUCGAUUUUCGAAUUACUCCUAUCAAAAAUGUUUGUAUGGAUGUUUCGAACGGUUCGAUUCUUGCCAUGAAGAGCUUUACUCUUCAUCUUUCGAAGACCGGGGAAGAACAGUCUGCAAGCCCACAUUUUAUUAAGAUGAAGGAAAAGAACCGAAACAAAUACUUCACAACCCGGAUUGUAAAAGUGUACAUCGACUAAUGUAUUUCGUUUUGAAUAAAAAUUAGCUGAUAUG